AGAAUAUGGGCGUGGCAGCCGGAACAUAACAUCAAUGAAAACAAAAUUUUGACAGAAGAAAAAUGCAGUGGCCGUGGCAGUACGAUUUUCCUCCCUUUUUCACCUUGCAACCUCACGCAGAAACGAGGGCUAAGCAGCUCUUGGCGUGGCGAAGUAUUGUCCUGGAUUAUUACAAGCAUACAAAAGAAAGCACAUUGGACGUGAGAGAGGCGCAAAGCAGUCCUCUUUUCUUCAAUUCCACGAUCAACCGAAAGUUGUCUCAAGAGGGUAUUUUAUUAAUCCUGGAGAACUUGCAAAAGACUGGAAAUGCAGAGCCUUUGGACAAAACAAAAAAUAGGUGGCUUAUAUUUUGGAAGUCUCCUGAAGAGUGGGGCAAGUUGCUUUACAACUGGGCACAAGCUAGAGGGAUGACCAACUCAGUAUGCACGUUAUUUGAGCUCGUGUCUGGGGAUGACACAACUGAUGAAGAAUUUUAUGGUUUGGACACCGAGAUCAUCAUUCGAGCAAUCCGCACCUUGGAAGUUGAGAGAAAGGCUGAAAUGAUGAUGUACGACGAUAACCAGGGCGUCAAGUUUUUCUGAACUAUAAAUUAAUAUCCUGUGAUUUAAUUGUGCUAUUACCAAAUUUUUGGUUAUAAAAUAUAAUUAUUAUAAA